UCACCUAAAACUGAUGGAAUCAAUUAUGAAUUUCAGGCGGAAACGAGCGGUACAAGCGAGAACGAGAUCUUUUCAGUACAUCGAGGUUUCUUCGCCGGGCUUAGCUGGAGCGGCGACGGUUCGCGGCGCGUCUCCAGGAGCGCGAGCAUCGCGACGACGACGACGUCGUCGUUGUCGGCGGCGGCGACGACGACAGCGGCCACGAGCGACGUGCCGGCACCUUUGGCGCCGCAACGUCGUCCUCGGCUGCACUGUCCGUCACGGCACGCUAAUCGCAACAAUAAUCAGCCGAUCAGCAGCAGCAUCUCCAGCCUCACGCACGACCGUCGGCACACCUGCUCGAGAUGCGGCAAGAGUUACAAGAACGCAUAUAUUCUGAAGCGGCAUAUGCUUUACGAGUGCGGCAAAGCGCCGUCCUUCAGUUGCCCUCAUUGUUCGUUUAGCUCCAAGUACGAGCGCAACCUGAAGGCGCACAUCAACCACCGUCACGUCGACCUGCACUCGGCGAUACCUGGUAUCGUCGUUGGUCAGCGGGAGACGCGCCAUCAGCACGGAAGGGAGUGACUCGUCAUGCUCUGCGUUACGUAAGGUGUCGAGAACGAUCCGCGACGCUCGCGACGAUGCCCGCGGCCGAUUCCGUAUCGCGGUCAGCGAUCCAUGCCAAAUUGGAGUGCCAAACUCGAGUGAACUCCGGACUCAUUCCGGAGACUGUCGUUUAAAUAUUCACGAGAUUCAAGAUCAUGGCUGUUGCAGCAAAAGCACAAGAUAAG